AUGCUACGAUUGUGAGAUUUUGAAUUUUAUCAAACCGUCUCAAAUAUAAUCUCUGACAAAAUUAUUCAUUUAUUUUUGCAAUAAAUACUCAUUGUUUAGCAUUUUAAUGUUUUUGAAAAUGUGGAGGGAAGUUCCAUGUACAAGAUUACAAUUGCAGCUCAAAGCAACACUUACGGGAGGACAGAGUUUUAGAUGGAAAAUCCUGGAAAAUGACGAAUACCUGGGAGUGAUGGGAAACAUUCUAUGGCUCCUGAGGCAGACAGAUACCCAUCUACAGUACAAAAUCCUCGGAGAAUCUCCCUACACAAAUUUUCAGCGAAUGAAAAUCCCACAACCCCCGGAAGGAUUUCCAGGUAGCAAAGAUUUGCUCUAUCCAGUUGAGUACUACGAAGAUCUACUAGCCAUGUAUUUCAGACUUGAUGUAGACUUGGAUGCACUCUAUGAAAACUGGUGCAAAGCACAUAAUCAUUUUAAGACAACAGCAAGUCACUUCCAUGGGAUUCGUGUCCUCAAUCAGGAUCCCGUGGAAAAUCUCUUCUCAUUCAUCUGCAGCCAGAACAAUCACAUCUCCAGGAUAUCAUCUAUGGUGGAGAAACUCUGCACAAAGUAUGGAAAGAAAAUUUGCGAUUACGAAGGAAGUGCUUUUCAUGCCUUUCCCGACGUUGAAUCCCUGGCACAGAAGAAUAUUGAAUCGGAUUUGAGGAGUAAUGGAUUUGGCUACAGAGCUAAAUAUUUCCAGAAAUCCGCCCAACAGAUUGUCCAGAAGGGUGGAUUGAUAUGGUUUGGGAAGCUCGAAAAGAUGGACUACAAGGAUGCACGUGCAGAGUUGAUGAGUCUCACGGGGAUUGGACCCAAAGUAGCUGAUUGCAUUUGCCUGAUGUCCCUCAAUCAUUUGGAAGCAAUUCCCGUGGAUACGCACGUGUAUCAAAUAGCUGGGGCACACUACUUGAAGAAGCUACCCAAGAAUAAGUCCGUUACAGCUAAAAUUUAUUUGGAAAUUGGUGAUGAGUUCAGGAGGAUCUAUGGCCAAGAAGCUGGUUGGGCUCAAACGGUACUCUUCUGUUCGGAUCUGAGGCAAUUUAAGCCAGAAAAUGCUCAAAAGAGAAAAAUUACAAGCAAAAAUGAUGAAGAUUCUCUUCCAAAAAGUUCCAAAUCCUCUUCAUAAUUAAUUCCCUAAAUGUUUAAGAGAAAAAAUAUAAUUUUUUACAAUAAA